CAAGUCCAAGCCACCUCUCAGCUCUCACCAGCUAGCUCUACUCUCGCGGCGCUUCCCCACGCCGUUCGUCGCCAUCGAUUGACAUUGGUCCAACCCAACCGCGCAGCUAGAUAGAUCUACGUCGACCGGCGGCCGUGAGGGACGAGGCGCGCGCUCGCUCGCUCGCUCGUGCGUCGACAUGGCGAAAUGCAGCAGCAAGAUCCGGUACAUCGUGUGGCUGCGGCAGACGCUGCGGCGGUGGCGGUCCCGCGCGGCGGCUCGCGCGGCGGUCCCGGCGGGGCACGUGGCGGUGUGCGUGGGCGGCGCGGCGCGGCGGUUCGUGGUGCGGGCGGCGCACCUGAACCACCCCGUGUUCCGGGAGCUGCUCCGGCAGGCGGAGGAGGAGUACGGGUUCCCGUCGGGGGCCUGCGCGGGCCCCAUCGCGCUCCCCUGCGACGAGGGCCUCUUCGAGCACGUCCUCCGCCACCUCUCCUCCCCGUCCAAGUCCGCCCGCUUCGUCACCCUCGAGGACCUCGAGAGCGGCGCACUGUCCUGCUGCUGCGUCGCCGCCGCCGGAGACUCGCUCCCGCUCCUCCGCGGCAUCUCCGCCGACAAGGCCGUCUGGUGAGCGCGCCGCCCUGCCCAUUGCGGGCGCGGGCGCGACGGCCGUUUCGCCGGAGACUCGCUCCCGCUCCUGUACGGCGACGGCCAUUUCGUCGUCUCGUCUCUUUUUUCUUCUUUUAACCACUUUUUCGCGCUCGCUCCCUUCGUUCCAAUCCCACCCGAGUGGAGUGGAGCUGGACGCGGCGGGGACAGACACCUCGACGACGAGCAAGAGGAGUGCGGCCGGCCGGAGGCGGUGAAGUGAGAUGGCUGAGAAAGUCCUAGGAUUUUUUAGACGACUGUCAAGUCUAGUCAUCCAUUCAUUCCCCCCCUGUUGUAAGAUCAAUUCGGGAAUUUAGUGGCUAAGUUUUAUUUCUUUUUUUCUUUGCCUUUUUUUAAUAAUCAUUCAGUACUGCUGCGGUUCGGCCAGCAUUGUUGCAAGUGAAAAACAUUCGUUUAUUUUCCCGCUACAGCGGAGUAAAACCGUGAUCGUGUGGACUGCUUGGCCGACGCGCGGGUAUUUUUCUUU